AUGGACAGCACAGAGCAGCAGCCACCUUGUCUGCCCAGUUGGCCAGUGAUAUUGUCCAACAUCACCAUGGACAGCACAGAGCAGCAGCCACCUUGUCUGCCCAAUACCAUAGACAACUUUCCAAAUGAAGAUCCAAAUAAUGGACUGACGUUCGAUGCUUCUUUACAACCUCCAAUGGUGCGGGAGCAGCAGGAGGCGGUGCGCAGGCGCGCCGAGCAGGCCGCGCUGGCGGAGCGCGAGCGCCAGGCCGCCGAGCGCCAGCGCCGCGUGCACGAGCUGCAGCGCCGCAAGGACGCGCAGGUGGCGCGCGCGCGCGCCGAGGACGCCGCCAGCAAACGCGCGCAGCGCGAGGCCGAGGAGCAGCGCAGCCGGCAGGAGGCCGAGCGGCGCGCGCGCCACGACCAGUACCUGCGCCGCAAGGCCCAGAGGGAGGCGCUCGCCCGCGAGCAGGAGCGCCAGCGCGCGCAGAAGGAAGCAGAAGAGAAAGAAGAGCAGGAAAAGCUUCGUAAAAUUCUGCUACAGCAGUGUAACAGAAAGAAAGCAGAACGUCUUCAGCAGCAGAGAAAAAAACAGCAGGCAAAACAACAACUGGAAGCCAUUCUCUUGCAACAGCAGGAGGAGUACCAGAAGAUGCUGCAAGCUGCACGUGAGGCCCGAUACAAAGAGUUGAAAAAUAAGAAUCAGAGGAACACUGGGAAACCACAUCCUGCUAUAAAUCUUGCAGAAUUUUAUCAGUUUGAUGGGUAUGUUAAUCCCAUCCCUUGGCAAACAUAGACCACAAGUGAUAAUGUGAUUGAUGACAGUCAGAUUCCAAAUUAAGUGUAUAUUACUGUAAUAUCUUCCACAAAAAAUUAUUUGCAUUAAAAUACUAUGUUGUUAUGUCAUUCCUCAAUAAUUCUAGUUUCAUACAUCACAUAUCAGAAUAUCAAAGUACGAAAUUGUUCUGUUUCAUUUAAUA